ACGGAACCAAAUUUGCACAGCACGCUUUUUUAGACAGAAACCGCCAUCUUGUUUUAACCGGCAAAGUAGAUCAUUCAAGCAAUUGAACACCAAAGUUGUAGACCAAACUUAAGCUAAAUGAUAAGUAAAAAGUGUAAGAUGUCAUGCCGUGAUGUCCACAUGCUCUCAUUUUCCUCAUUUAUUUUCCCUUUGUAAUUGUACCGUAUUGUUACUAAGUAAUUUUCUAAAACUAAGGGUUGACAGUACUGGCAAGGAAGAAGAAUGACUGAGGGACCUCUUCUUAGUAAUCUUAGUUUAGUCUUACUCUUGGUAGUCUAAGGAUUAGCUUUUGGUAAUCUACCACUUGAGCGUCGGCCAAGAAAAAAUCCAGUUUUUCCGGUUGGAAGGGCUAUAUAAACAACUAUUCUUACAUUGGAGUCUUAACAUUUUUGCUUCCGUAUAGAGGCUAUAAUGGCUAUAAAGUUAUAUAGCACAAUACUAAUACAUUUAAAUACCUAUUACUGCCAAGCAACCGAUAUGCCAGGAAGAAAAAGAGACAACAAUUAUUUUUUUUGAUCCAGAUGACGCGGAUGUCCACACACAGAAUGUGGAAAACGUGAAUGCUCGGAAAGCAUAAACUGAAAGACAGUUUGGCACAAGAAGAGCCGGUGAUCUUUCCCCUUCGUAUUUACGUGGAUUCAUGUACCACAACCGUUUUUGUGGAAAUUAUAUUUUUUAAAACUUCAUUGUCAACUUGGGGGAUAACUAUGCAUAAUUCCAUUUUCAAACAUUAUCUUCUAUUUCAAAAAAAUUGUUAUAGUUUUUCUAUUUUUAAAAAUUUUUUAAUUAUUAUGGGAAUGAAUACGUACAACCAAUGUCAUUAAAAAUAAUAUAAGAAUAGUUGUUUAAAUAGCCCUUCCAACCGGAACAGCUGGAUUUUUUCUUGGCCGAUGCUCAAGUGGUAGAUUACCUAGCUUUUCAAGUUUAGUUUCUAACCAGUUCAUGGUAAAAUAUGGUACUGUUUGGAAAUAGGAACAAGAUAUAUGGCCAAUUUAAGGGAGGUAUGCCAAAAUAUAUGGUUGGUGAUCUGGUUCAAUAAUUUCAAAAAAUAUCUGGCCUUGCUUGAAGUUGAAGAAAUUAUUUACUGCCCAUGCUACAAAUACUACAAACAUCUUGAAAUCAGUUAAUUCAUAUCAUUUUAAAAAUCUAAGGCUUACAAGUAGCAUUAUCAUAAUUAACCUUCGCCUAAUUGUGGGAUAGUGAGACACUGAGUCACACUGCAAAGCAUUUCCGUCUAGCCAGAACCUUGCCAUUAUUCAAUAGGGUUUUCGUUAUUGAUGACUGUUUGUUUAUGACUAUAUCAAUGUCUCAAUGUAUUCAGCCUUUAACUUUUUUUCAAAGACUUCUUUCUGACUAAUCCCAAAGUAGGAUUAAUUAAUCGUAGGCUGAUUGUAGCCAAUUCCAUCCAAAUAACCAUAUUCAGCUCAGAAAUUUUACUGUGAAUUGUCAGUAAAAAGUAAAAGGGAGAAUAACUUAUGCUUGUAAUUCUAGCAUGAUAAAUAAACUAGGGCGUGUCAAGAUUUGCGCCUUGCCAUGUAUCUCAAUCCUUGCCUUGGAGAGGGCAUCUCUUUAACUUUUAAGAUGUCACAGGCUAAUUUGCAGUUAGUGACAGGGCCGGUGAUGUCUUCCAUUGUGUGUAGGUCAUGGGGGUUUCCUAGGUCAACUACCUGCUUUAGUUCCAUUUUACAAAUGAUAUUCAUUAUUUUUUAGUUAGUAAUUAUUUUACAGGGGCCUAAAGGUUUUUUUUCUUAUUUUCUUUGGGGUGUGUGUAUCCGGAAAUUUGUUUGAAAGAAAUUUCAACGGAAAAUUAAUCAAAAGCAAAUUUGGUUGAAUCUUAUUUUUCAGUUCACAAUGUUAAAAUUUUGGGUCACGUUUCUUUUUGAAUGCAUUAUACUAUAUAUAUAGUAAAACCUGAACAAUAAGUAAUAUAACUUUCCCCUUCUUCACUGAGCAUUAUCCGCGGCAUAAGCACAAUCUGAAGAUCGAUAGUUAAUGUGAAAUAAAUUAAAAAUAAAUUUUCCAUUCGUCUUUAUUAAAAUGUAACUUAUAGGGUUGAAAAGAAAUGAAAAAAGAAACUUAUCCUUGCUAAUGCCCCAAGACCAAGAUGUCCACCAGAAGAAAAGAUGUGCUCAUUGUAAAAAAUCCUGACUUUUGAAUGGUUAAUAAAAAAAUCCUGGUUUGUUAUUCCUUUCUAUAUAAUGUUGCAAUUUUAAACAAUAAUUUUCUGGGGAGAGGUAGGAAAACACACCCACACGGUUACCAGAAAUUUGUUUGAAAGAAAUUGAGUCGAAGGAAAAUAAUACUUAUUGUUAGGUCUAACUGUUGGCCCUGUCGCCCAGUUCUGAUUUCAUAACAAGAUGGCAAGAAAUGGAAGUAGUUUCAUAUAUAUUUUAUGAGAAAUGUAUAAAAUGCUCUCACCCAUACAGUGAUAAAAAUCUGUGUGAAUUUUGUAUACUUAUGGUGAGAAAAAAGCAAUAGGGAUGCUGAACAAAUCCUAAUAGUUAACAUCGAAUCCUUAAAAAAAUAUUUUUAACAAAGUAUUAAUGUAGGGAGGCGUAUUCCUAAUGUUUUAUUGAUUCUAAUAACCUAAUGAAACCAUAUUCUAACAGAUGAGUCAAAACGGGGAAGAUGUUGACAUGAAAGAAGAAACUUUGACACCAGAAGAGGAGGCGGAAGCCCAGACCCUCCUUGAACAUGGAAUCAGUAAAACAGUUGCCAAAGAACUUCUGAAUAUCUAUAAAACAGGUAUGACUGUGAGCAUUGUUAAGGGGUGGUGCAGGUGAAACCUUUUUGUCGUUUUGGGUGAAUUUAAAUAAAAUAUCCAUGUUGGGUCUAACAAUGACAAUGGAUAUAAAAAUUCUUUGGUUUCCAUGGUGACUUAUAAAAACAUCAGCCAUUUUGUUUUUUUAGUGUGCAUUUUAAAACCUUGAAAAGCCUAUUUUCAGUUAUGAUCAUUUGGCAUGUAAUAAAACUUUGAAUAACAGGACUUUUCAUUUAUAUAUUAAAUUGAACAAUUUUUUAAGCUUUCCAGUGUAAAAUAUAUUUAUUUAUUUUGAUAGGUAAACUAUCCCAAUCUGACCUUGAUGAUAGAGCAAUGGAUGCUCUCAAAGAGUUUUCUCCUGAGGAUGCAAUUAAAGUGUUGAGGCAAUUUUGUGAAAGCAAUCUUGAGCAUGUAGGAAAUAAAAGUGCUUUCUUAUGUGGUCAGAUGAAAACCUAUAGGCAUAAGUUGAGAGCAGGCAAUAUGCCACCACUUGUCAAAGGUCCUGAUGAAGCAAAAUUGAAGGUAUGACAGUAAUGUUGGCAUGGUCUGUUGCUUAAAAAUAAUUUGUGGGUUAAAGUUUAAAUGCUUUUGAAGUCUAUAAUAAAUAUUUGUAGCUCAUACUAGUUCAACUGAAGAUUUUAUUUUUUUUCUUAAGGAAAUUUUGGAUCGUACUGGAUAUUCUUUGGAUGUUACAACAGGACAAAGGAAAUAUGGAGGUCCUCCGCCUGGUGGUGAUCCCACCCCACCGGGCACUGGACAUGAGGUAUAUUUUAUUUUACUCUCCUUUUGGUAGGCUUUUUUAAGAAAUUGCUAAAAGAGUCAUAUUCUUUGCACCUACACUUUCAUUUGAAUGAACAAGAAGAGUGUUUGGUACCUCUGUUAUAGGAACUAAUACACCAUUGAUGUAUUUGUUGGGUUAAAAUGUUAAUUUCCUUCUAAACUCUUAAAAAUCUAGACAUGAGAUACUUAUGACUAUAUUAGAUUGUACACAAUAAUUAAUGGGACUAAUUAACUUUGUUUACAUUUACAUCUCUUAGUGCAUUGUGAUGACUUUAUAUUAGGUAUUCUAAAUGAAAAUUUCAUAUUGAAAUUAAAUAAAAUGUAACUAUUCCUCUAAAUAGAGCUUGGCUUCAUCAAAACAGAACCACAAAAUUUAACUCUCUAUCUCCAAAAUUAAAAAAGUUAUUAAUUUUUUUAAAAAUCAAGAACAGGGUCAAUUUUUAGACGCCAGGAAAGUGUAGUUUUGACACCCUCUAUCUUCUAAAAUAACUAAGUUAGAACUUUCAAAUCUCUUGCACACACAACCAGUUAUACAUAUAACAAACUCAAUUUUUUUCAGGGUUGUCACUAAAAUGUAAAUAUAAUUUUUAUUCAUUCAAAAUUGAGCCGAAGCUCAAUUUUACAAAAUAUUAAAAGGGAGACAAAAAGUCAAUUUUAGCUCAUUUUCAAAAAAUAAAAAAAAAACAAUUAAUCAAGCUAUUGUAAAUAUACAGGAGUCAAGUAAAAGGUACAAAAGCUAAGAAUUUCAUUGAUUUUUAAAAAUUCAUAAAAAAUUAAUGAGGCAAGAUAUCAACAAAUUUUACACAGUAUUGUAGAAAAUGUUAAUCUUUUUAAUAAUAAAGCAACCGGCUGAAGUUUAGGAAACAAAAUUCUGCUCAAGAAAUAUUAUUUUUGUAUAGUAUUUUUGCACUGAAAAUUUAUAAUUUCCAGCACCUUAAAAAACGUUAAUAUUAUAUAUGUAUUUUUAAAAAUUCUGGAAAAUUUGUCAGAAAAAUAAUUAACUAUGAAUUAGUAUUGAAAGUCAAUUUGCUGCAUUUAUUUGCAUGUCUGUAUGGGUCUUGAGACAUUUCCCUACACUGGUUUAAUGACAAAUUUCCGUACAUGUACAACAACAACCUGUUGAAAGAAUAUUUUGUUUAAUUUGCAUUAAUUUUAAAUUGUAUUUAUAAUAUUAUCGUAAUAGUCAUCAACUUAGCAUUUAUGAUCAUAUCAUUGCUAUCAGUAUAAUAACAAAAUGCACAUAAAACUAAUGAUAUUACAAGCGGUACUACUAACCUGUACUGUUACAUGGCCUAUGCUAAUAUGUUGUUGAUGACUGAUGACAAUACUGACAUUCUGUUUUGAAGUGGUCUGAGUCAUCUCGUUCUUUUGUAAUGGUACCUGUCUCACUCAAGGUCUUAAAAUGUUUUCAGUUUAAUCCACUGAAAUAUGAAAUGUUAAAAUUAAAAAUCAAAAGUUUACAAGAUUUUAACUGCCUCCUAUUUGCCAAAUAAAUGUGCAUACACCGUAUAUAAUUUAUAACAAUAGUAAAGCAAAGUGGUAAGUUUUGAGUAAGGUUAAUUUUGGAAUCAGACAUUUACGAAAGGGGUGAAACACUAGGUGGUAACUAAUUUUUAAAACUAGCUUUAUAACUUAGAAAAAGAAUAAUAAUUAACGUUGCAACACUUUCUAAUGGAUCAUACCAUAUAACUUAAUUGAUAAAAUGGAUUAGUUAUCGAAUUUCUAGUUUAAAAAUGAACUCCACUAAAAUUAAAGCAUCCCGUUCACCCUCGCGACAAUAAUGCUUCGACCCAACAUGAAUGCUUCGCUCGAAUCGACUAUAUUAUCCGAGUUCAAUGAUUUACUGCAGUUUCCAAACAAAUUGCAUAGCUACAAAAUAAACAUCAUUAAAUAUUUAAACAUUUCAUUGAACUAAUUGUAGUUUCCUUUUUUUUUCUCCGCUAUCGUAAAAUAAAUACAGAUGAUUUUUCAAAUAAAGCUUGAUCUUCAUUUUUCACUAGGCGUAAGAAACAUGCAUUAGUUAUCGAUAAGCCCACACUAAAUUAACAAAUAUAUGAAAUAAUAAGCUUUCUAUAUAAUUUAAACAUUCCCAAACGAAACAAUGUUUCAACUUACCUAUUUCAGUUUAAAAUCCAUGAAAAGGCACUAAAUUUAAGAAGAUCGUAGAUAAAAUUUGUCAUCGCAUAUUGCUUUGACCGAUCCGAGUUCGCCGUGGCGGGGUCGACUUGGACCUUUUUUUAGCAGGCGGCGUUGACUUGGUUCCAAGCGUUUGCGCAAUGAUAUCGUAUAUGGGGCGUUCGUGGAAUUAAAACAAUUUUAUAGUAAAUUGGAUGACCUUUCUGAAUACAUAUUUUUGAGAGACGUAAAGUGAUUUUUUCACAUAGAAAACGCAAUUUUUGUGCUAAAAUCAACGUUAUUUAGCAUUAAUUUACAGUUUACAUCAUAUUAAAGAACUACUUUUCUACUUUCUAGAUCAGUUGUUACUGAACGCACAGGUAUAAGGAUACAUUAUCGCAACGAGCUGGCGCGACCCAACCAAAAAAAAAUUAAUUUUUCUCCCCGCAGCGUAAAUUUCGCCAGCUCAUUUAGAAUACCUAUUUAUAUUGAACUUGCUUAUAGGCCAAAAGUUUUUUUACAAUUUUCAAAGAUAUGCUUUUAAAGUCAUGGUCAUGACAAGGAUAACUUGAUAUCCAUCACUGUAUAUUGAUAAAUUUAUUCUUACACAAUCUCGUAAUUCAUUUAUUUCUUCAGAAUUCUCCUUUACCCUAAUAUUCAUAAAUUUUUACGGAAUGUAACUGUCUAGACAUGGACAUGUUUGCACUACUGUAGACAUGGACAUGUUUGCACUACUGAAUACCUAAGGGGCUGUACAUAAAAUACAUACACACUGAGAUGUGUUAAUUGAGGAGAUUUUGCCUACUGUUUGAGGGAGGUGUUUCCUUUACAGAAGUUACGUAGAUUUGAUGAUGUCUGCUACCAUUAUACUGAAAUUCUGUCCAUAAAUUAUAUCAAACUAAAAUCUUCCAAACAAUUAUAAACCUGUUGAAAUUUAUAUAAAAAUACCAUUGUUUUGUGAAGUAAACUAUUGCUUUGUGUUUUUACUAGUGAAUUAGGUAGAUAUGACACUAGUAACAGUAAUAUUUAGAGCAUACAUACUUAAUGUUCAUCGUAGUCAUAUUUUUUUUUAUGGUAGCAUUUUUUAGUUGCUGCUUAAAUUGAAACUGUGGUAGGGGUUUGUCCAAAAAUGUAUGAAUGCGAUUGUGGAAGGUCAUUUGACUUUUUUGCUACAUAACUGGAGGUCUGCACCUCUUCCAUCAACUGCAUUUUUUAUUAGCGCUUUCCUAUCAUUCUCUUAAUAUUUAAAUAAUUUGAGACUUCAACAUUAUUCUUAGUGAUAGAAAUUUCACUUAUCAGUAUUUAUAAGUUUCAGAAUUAAAGCAGAAAGAUGUACAAUAAAUUUGGCAUGCAUCCUUAUUUAUUGAACAUUAUGACAAAGUUAUGGCACAUAUAAAAAAAUAUAAUCUUAACGUUAGAUAUUUUUAUAUUUCUUUUAGAUCUUUUGUGGAAAGAUCCCAAAAGAUGUGUUUGAGGAUGAGCUAAUUCCCUUGUUUGAAAAAUGUGGGAACAUUUGGGACAUGCGCCUUAUGAUGGAUCCAAUGACCGGACUCAAUAGAGGUUAUGGAUUUAUAACCUUUUGUGACAAGGAAUCUGCUAUAGAAGCUGUUAACCAGGUUUGAAGUUAUUAAUGUUAUAACGAUUUUGAUAAGUUUUCUUCAAAGGAAUAUCUCAGAAAACAUUGUUUUUUUAAAGUCAAUAUGAACAGUUAAAAAUAAUGCUCUUGGUUAAAGAAAAAAAUACAUCAGAACAGAUACGAAAAAUCUUAUAUUUUUUCCCUUUUCAGCUUCACAAUUAUGAAAUUAGACCAGGCAAACAAUUGAAGGUUAAUAUUUCCAUAGCCAAUGUGAGAUUAUUUGUUGGCAACAUACCAAAAAACAAGUCUAGGGAAGAGAUUAAAGAAGAGUUUGGAAAACGAACAGGUAGAACAAAGUUUCGGAAAAUUAUAUUAAAUUUUUUGACAGGGCAUUUUGAAAUUUUGGCUUUGCACUGGGAUUUUACAUUACUAAAAAGGCUUUUCUAGAAAAUAUAAUUGUUGUGCUUUUUUAAUUUAAAAAAAAUUGGGCUAUUUUAAUAAAAUUUUGUGGGCCCCCCACCCCGCCUAAUAAUUUUUUACAAUUUUUUUAUUAUUAUGCUUUCUUUUUCUUUCUGUAAUGCAGAUGGACUAGUAGAUGUGAUUGUAUAUGGUUCUGCUGACAAUCCUAAGCAGAAAAAUAGAGGAUUUGCCUUUCUUGAAUAUGAAACUCACAAACAAGCUUCAAAUGCUAAGAGGAAAUUGCAGGCAGGUCAUCCUAAAUUUUGGCAAUGUGACGUUAUUGUUGACUGGGCUGAUCCAAUGGAAGAACCUGAUGAGGAUACAAUGUCUAAGGUGAGAAAAUGACCAGAAUUGACAGUGAUUAUUUAAACUAGAUUAGUUAUGAAAUUGAUUUUUUAAUCUCUUUAGUCUUACACUUAACGUUUUAAUAUUUAAAGCACUAUAAUACUUACUGAAGUAGAGGACUAUAUUAGUUUAAAACAAAUCUUUACCUAGGAACAGAAAUAAAUUAAUACUAAAUUUGUAUCGUAAAAGUGGACAUGGAGAAGUUUGUAACUUGCAUAGGUUUUUUUAAAAUACACACUUUUCUUUAGAAGACAUCUUGAUCUACAUACCCAUUCAUUUCAUAACAAAACUUUGCUUGUCUGCAGUAAAAAUCAUAUUUUUAUGUACCGUAUGUAAAACGUCAGUCAGUCUCUAUGCUAAUGAAAUUAAAUCUUUAUGAGGAUCAUUCAUGGGUUGAUAUUUUUACCUAAUAUGGCUUUUGGUUUUCCUCUGCACAUCUCAAGAUGACCAUGUACACGAUUCCCUUAUUUUGCCAUGCUGGCACCAUCCAUUUGUUUUCUGAAAAAUAGUAUCGGGCCUACAGAAACAGAAAUGUGUUUUAUUUUGAAUAUCAAAGAAUUUAUUAAAAUAAUAGAUUGUUACAGUAUGUAAAUGUUGAAUCUAUCAGACAUUUUGAAAAUAGAUAGACAAGUUUGCUAAGAUUUUAGAGAAUUUUUUUCACUUUUAAGUUACUUCCGAAUAAAAUAUAAAUUUCCAUCUAUUUUUUAAAAAUCAGUCGCGCAAGAGGAAGUCAUUGGGAUUUUUUAAAGUUAUUAUUUAACCCAUUCAGUGCUGUGUGCUGACAGUUUAUAUCAUUUGGAGCCCCUGCCAUGGAGAUAAACUCCACCUCUACUGUAGUUAAAUUUAGAAAAAAAGUUAUUUUCAUAAAGAACUCGCUUUAAAAAUUGCAUUAUAAUUAUAAAAUUUCAUGAAAUUUUUUUAGCACACUAUUUUUGAUUAGUUGAUCGAACAGAAAAUCUUCUGCAAUCCCAUUUUAGUUGGCAACUUGGAUUGGGAACCAGGGUAUUAUAACCAUGCAAUUUAUAUAUUGUAAUUGGAUUCUUCUACAUUCAUCACAAUAUUUUUCAGUCCCAAGUCUUAAACUUCAUUUCGUAUUAUUUAAUUUCUUUUUAUUUCAUUUAUUAAAUUACAGGUUAAGGUUCUGUAUGUUCGCAAUUUGACAUCUGAUGUCAGUGAGGAGAUGCUAAAAGAAAAAUUUGGAGAAUUUGGCAAGGUUGAGAGGGUUAAAAAAAUAAAGGAUUAUGGCUUUGUCCACUAUGAGGAGAGAGAUGAUGCUCUAAAAGCAAUGGAUGCUCUAAAUGGUCAGAAAAUUGGAAGUUUAGAGGUUGACAUUUCUCUAGCUAAGCCCCCUUCUGAAAACAAAAAGAAAGAGCAACGCAAGCGUGAUCAGGAACGACGCAUGAUGAGGGCCCACUAUUUUGGCUUUGAUGAAUAUUGGGCACCACCAGUGCGAGGUAGUCAUCCCUCGGCCAGGGCAGGGUUAAGGCGUCCACCAUAUCCAGGUAGAACAACUUUUUUCUUUUGAUUCAUUCAGUCCCAAGAUAAUUCUCUCUCACACACAAUCUUUCUGAAGCAGACUUCUUUAUACUAUAUAUGGAGUAUGAUAUAUUGAGUUUUAAGUGAAUUUGUUAGUCACCUUGACAUAUAUAUGUUAUCAUUUUAUUCUAAUUUGAUAUAAUUUUAGAGCCCUACUAUGAUGAUUAUUAUGGCUAUGAUGACUUUGAAUACUAUGGCUACCCACCAGUUCCCCCAAUGAGAGGUGGUCGUGGUCGAGGAGGCAUGCCCCCUGUAAGUACUUAAAUAAGAAUUUACCAAGUAAGACUCUUACGUGUAAGCGUGACUUAUGCCAAAUGAGAACAAAGUUAUUGCUCUUUUGUCUAACAUACUUUUUUCUUAAUUUGUAAAAAAAAAUACAAUGUCACGCUCACAUGUCAACUGAGAAUUAAAGCUACACUCAACCAGAACAUUAUUUAACAUUACCUAAAGGUUAUCCUAAUAUUUAUGUUACGAGAUUUAAAAUUUUGAGGUAGCUAUAUUUCAAAGUUGAGUCUUGCUUGGCUUUCAUGGAAGCACACAGUUUCUCUAAACUGUUUGACUCCAUAAUGAGGGGGGAGGGUAUCAUUGAAAAUGUGUAAGUUAUUCUUUUAAAUUUCAAAACUUUUGGACCUAUCACUUUUGGUUUCAACAUAAAAUGUUCAUAAUUGACUUUCAUUUAAGUUAAUUUGAGCAAUUUUUAACUUUUGAAAAUUAUAUAUAUAAAAUGCAAAAAAUUGAAAUGAUGAAUUGGAAGAAUCAACACAUUUCCGGUGUUACCCAUACUCCCCCUCAACCUUUUCUGUAGCAUCCUGAUCAUGCUAAUAAUUAGGGCAAAAAAUGUCUCAAAAUUGUCUUUUUCCGUUUCAUGGUAGCCGCCUAUCAGAGGCCGUGGUGGGGGCCCACCGCGUGGCCACGCAACAGGAGGUCAGGCAAUCCGAGGGGCGGCCGCUAAAGGCCGUGGAACUGGACCUGCCCGGGGGGCCUCGCGUGGGGGACGCGGGGCUAGCAACGGAAACAGCCCGUCGGCAGGGACAUCACCAGUCGCGGCCAGGGGAGGAAAACGGAAAGCAGGCACAGACUUCCAAACUGGAAGUACGAAGCGACGGAAUACAGACAGUUGGGGCAGUCAGCCUAUAGCGCAGCAACCCCUCAAGCAAGAUAUGAAGCAAGACAUGUAUGGGGCCAUGAGCUAUGAUGGAAAUGAUGACGCUUGGUAUGAAGAUUCAUAUGGGCAGAAUUGGGGUUGACAGCUUAGUCUAACUUUAAAAUGUGAUAAAUCUUAAAUCCUGCCCAAUAUUGUAAAAUUAAAUUGUAACCAAAAGAUGGCUAAAUAUUGGGCUGAAAUUAAACAGCCUGGUAAUUUAUGACCCAUGUCAUAGUGAAACAAAAGGGGGUUCAAUGGCUUAUGUCUUUGGCCCAGUUAAAAAGGCUUCGAAAUUAAUGCUGGGCAACAGUAGUUGUUAAAUAUUUGUAUAUCUCAUCUUCUCCUGGCCUACGUCUUGUACAUAUUUUUUGAUCUUAUAGCAUAUCCCCCCAAAGAAUUUUCUUUUUCGGCAAAGUCUGAAUUAAAAAUUUAUUCGGUCUCCUAUAUAUAAUUAUCUCAUCAUAACCUCAGGCUUUAUAAGCACCAGGCAUGAAUGGAUAAUGCCUUGAUUCUGCGCCGUGCUGUUUUGGGCACACGGGUUCCGUUCUACGGCAGCUUAUGCAAUAAAUCAGGACCACUAAUUGGAUCCUGCAAUGCAUGCCGCAACAUUUGCAUACAGUAAUAGACCUUAGCAGUGAAUAACAUGCACUAGCUUAUACUAGAUGCUCUGUUAUUUAGGCAAAAGAGUCUCCAUUUGCACUCAUUGUAUAGGGAUAGGAAGCGUACAUUCAGAACUCUUAAAUUUUAAAAAACAAAUUUGAGUUUGUGAACAUUCGUAAGAAUCUUUAAUCCAGAAUGCCGAAAAAUAGUUUUUAAAAGUGUAUCAGUAUUUUAAUAUUUUAUCGUUUUGGUGUUUUGUAAUGAAAUUUGUGUAAAUUGUCAUGUAGUGAAAUGACAAGUUCAUUUUAAAUUUGCUUUCAAAUUAAUGGCAAGCAUUUCAAAAGGUUAGUGGAAGUUGUAAGAAAAAAAACAACAAAGUAGGUACACUGAAACUUGUUUUUAUCUGGACCCUUCAGCUACCACAAAGAGAUGGUAGAGUUUGUUUAGCAUUCCACUAACCCGACUUUUCUCAUAGUUUCAUUAUCAUCAAAUUCUUCUCGCCAUUGUCAUGUGUUCAUGCAUUAAAUUGCAUUUUAUGUAAUAUUUGUUUUGUUGGUUUUUUUGUUAUUUUUAAAUUUGAGUGAUUGAUAAUUACCUGAAUGAAUACCAGUUUAGAACAACUUCUCACUUCACCCAAACUGAUUUGAGGGCUGCAAACUGCAAUGUAAUUUGGAUACUGAACUAUAUCUACAUUGUCUGCUCUUAUUUUAUUAUGGAUGCUCAAAAAAAGGUGUUUAGUGGCUUACACUUUUUACAGGGCGUGACAUAAAAUACCAAAGACAGUACUAAGGUAUAAUAGACAGUUCUGAAGGAAAAUAAUGUAUAUGGGCUCAUUUGUAGUUGUAGUACCAGAUAUUCAGAUAGUUUCCAAGAUGCAAUAGAAAUAAUUAAAGCAGUGUUUGUCAAACUUAUCUUGGUGACACACUUUUUAGAAAUUUAUUAUCUCACUGUGCAAGAGAUCUGUUUAACCAGCAUAUAGAGAAGUCCCAUGGGCACCGCAACCCCUCAGAUAUUUUAAGGGCAUUAAGUUUUGAUGUGAACAAAUUAUUACGGUAUCCAAUGCAUGGGGGCACAAAUCCGAAAAGUGAAAUUGGCCUUCAAAAGUUGUGCAUUGGCUCCCAGUUAAACUUUGACCAAUUUUAAAAUAUAUGGUAACAGCUCAUGAAAUCUUUCUUCUUAAAAAAAUUAUUAGUUUAAUUACCUACAGGUAC